AUGAAGGGGGAAGUACAGCUUCAGCCUCCACCGGUUAUGCAAAACCCUAGUGAUUCGGACCCUUUGCUUCUUAACCAGGAGGAGGAUGAGUCACCAGGAAGCUCUGGUGAGAUCAAGGAUGAUGAAGAAGACGUUGAGGCAGGCUUACUUCCCUGUUGCCGAAUUUGCCUCGAAAGCGAUUCCGACCCAGAGGAUGAACUGAUAUCUCCAUGCAUGUGCAAAGGUACCCAACAGUUUGUUCAUCGCUCAUGUCUUGAUCAUUGGCGCUCCGUAAAGGAAGGAUUUGCCUUCUCGCACUGCACCACUUGCAAAGCCCAAUUUCAUCUUAGAGUUGAAUUGUUUGAGGACAACUCUUGGCGUAAAAUAAAGUUCAGACUUUUUGUGGCUAGGGAUGUUUUCCUUGUUUUUCUGGCUGUACAGACUGUGAUUGCAGCUAUUGGUGCCUUUGCGUUCAUCAUGGACAAAGAUGGUUCCUUCAGGAACUCAUUUGAUGAUGGCUGGGAUAGGAUACUGUCAAAGCAUCCAAUUCCAUUUUAUUAUUGUAUUGGAGUGCUGGCCUUCUUUGUACUGAUUGGGUUUUUUGGUCUCAUACUGCAUUGCUCCUCCCUCAAUACCAAUGACCCCAGAAUGGCUGGUUGUCAGAACUGUUGUUAUGGAUGGGGUAUCCUGGAUUGCUUUCCCGCAUCAAUGGAGGCAUGCUUUGCCCUUGUGGUUGUUUUCGUUGUCAUCUUUGCAAUUCUUGGUAUAGCUUAUGGUUUUCUUGCUGCCACCAUGGCCAUUCAAAGAAUUUGGCAGAGGCACUACCAUAUCCUCACCAAGAGGGAGCUUACAAAGGUAGUAUUUCCCCACUGCCUACAUUGA